AUGGACGAACUAAGCGAUUUUCACUUCUCAACCUUCAAUGACUUGCUGCACAGCGUCUUCCCGCCCUGCUGGAGGAUGAGCCGCCCCGCGAGCUCGACAUCGUUACCGGCCGAACUGCCACCACCGCCAGUUUACGUCAUGCGGCGCUCUCCUGGCGAGAAACUCCCCGAGCAUCCCUUGGCGUUUGCAGUUUGCGAUCCAACCAUCAUCGAUCGAGCACUGUCCACGCUUGAAAGCGGCCUGGUCAGAGAGGGUAUUGCGCGAGCGACCACUUUACCGAGUGCAUCCACGAGCAGUGUCCGCGAAUAUCGCAACCACAUACUCGACCCUCAACAAUCGCGUCGAGGUUACGGGGGGGACUUGAGCGGUAUUCUGAAACUCGUGGUCAAGCCAAUCCUGCAGGAGUUCCUCGGCAAUUCCACGCUGGUCGUGAAUUCAUCCCUGACGGAUUGCAUCGGUCAACCAGCAGAGGAAGCUUGGAACGUUGGCGUCGGCAAGUACAAUCGAGAGGGCGAGUGGCCCGUCUUGGAGAGUUCUGUCAACCUGAUCGUCGAAUCAACAAGGGUUGAAGCGCUGAGGCCACUCUAUGGGCGCGAGCGAAUCGCGAACACUGGUGAGGGAGCAAGAUCGCCUGUUGGUCCCGACGACUGGGAGCCCAUCGACAUGCGCAUUGUCGAUGCUGAGGGCCAAGACCAGACGCUGGAAGGAGUUUCGGCGAUGAUGGCACAAGUAGGCGAGAACGGGCGCGAGAGCAGGGGCAACUGGUGUACGUUUCACUCACUAACCGCCCUCGCCAACGUUCGUCAUGUUCUGGUAGAUGUCACUACAUAUCCUGUCCGCUGCUGUCGGACGCUUCGGCCUGUUUUACGCGACCCCCUACUUCGUUCUUGCUGAGCUUGGUCAGCCCCGCUUCCUGGCCUCUUCGGACCGGCCAGAGUUUGUUCACAAGAGGCCUCCGACGAGCGCUUAGCUGAUCUUGAACGAGCUCUGCCGCGGCCAGUGGUCAUCGAUGGGCAAACGUUCCUCUUGUACGGCGCCUUGGACUCGUUCGUUCUCCGGCCAGAUGACCCGGUUGCGGUCAGCCGACCGUUCCUCGCUGUACUCGUCGCGCUCCUGCUCUCUUGCCACCCAAGUUUCGCCGUCCCCGGCCCUUCCGAAGCCAUCACGCAGAGGAUCCGCGAUCACGCUCGAGGGCGAGACUACCCUCACCCUCGAACUCUGGACGGAUGCGGGCCGCUCCAAGACGAAGCCGAUCCCGUCGACCGGCCAGCUUCCGAACACUCGGAGAUGGACCCGGGCAACGCGUCGCUGCCAUUCUUAAAUGGGAGUGUCACCUCGGUCUCGCUGCGACACAUCCCAAAGGGAUCGGUGAGUUCGCCAGGAAGGGCGGGCGCCGCGUUCGCUGGGUCCUGACUAGGCUGGCAAGGCUUGUAACAGAUCAUCUGCGACGCGGAAGGCUUCGCCGAAUCACGCAUGCUCGCUUCCCCGGUUGAGCUCGACUGCAGCGACGUAAGCCAUCUCAACAUCUACGGGAGACUGUUCUUUGAAGAUGCUCCCUAAGUACGAUGUUGAACUGUUUGCAGAUCAAGCUAUUCUUGUCCGGCGAUGAUGAUGAUUGGCCAGGUCAAGCCGUACCGGUACCCUGGAACAGGACCGCACCUGUGCCGCUCGAACUUCGACUUGACCUGCUCCAACGAAUUGGGCACGGUCGCACUAGUACGGUGUGGUCCGCUCGAUGGACUCCAAUCGGCGCUGCUGCUGCUCACGCCACCAGUCCUCGAAGCGGAGCAACGAAUGCUCCAGAAGCUCGGCUCGUGGCCAAGGUCGUCUUGGACAAAUACGCCCCCUCGAUUGCUCGCGAGUACUUUGUCUACACCCAUAUCGUGCCCUCGCUCCCUCUGGCCACGCAGGCCUUCUUCCCCAAGUUCCACGGGCUCUACAGGAGCGGGCCGGCGGGAACUGCUUACAUCUUUGUGUUCGACCACGCUGGCGAACAACUGAGAAAGAUCGAAUGGGAGGCUGAUGCAGAACUGAAAGCCGAGACCGAGUGAGUGAGACAGUGUUGCGUUUUCGACCGACCGUUUCUGCAUCUGAUCUGCGCACAUCUUGGCUUCGUCCUGCUCGUGCUCAGCGCUGCGUUCGCACAGGUCGCCUCCGCAGGGCUCUACCAUGGAGAUGAGCGAGCAGCAAACAUCCUUCGCCGCCCGGACGGCUCGCUUGCUUUGAUCGAUUGGGGUGAGGCAAGGCUGCCAUCGCCUAAUCGGUAUCGUCCACGUCGAUUGAGAACAGUCAAGGCGACUGCUCCAGGUGGGGAAUGA